AUGGAGGAGCAGAAGCCAGGCAAUUCUCCAGUGGCUGCACCCGAGGCUUCCAAGCAGCUCUCGGUGCCUGCGCCCGCAGCUCCGAGGCGGCGUUCCUCUUUGGUGCCCCGGGAGCUGCAGCAGGGAGGCAGUGCCGCGGACGUGGAGGCGGCGAAGGUCCGAAGGGCCGUGGCAGCGGCCAAGAAGCGAGUCCAGAAGGCCCGGGCCAAGCCAAAAGCCCGGCAGGAGAAGCCGAAGAAGAAGGUUACCUCCAGGUCUGAGCUCCUCGUGUCGCUUUUCAACGCCCUUGGCGGUCAUGAGACUGGGUAUUUAGGCAGCGAGCAGCUCCUCCGCAUGGCCCAGCUGCUGGGUUUUGAGGGCGAUGCGCAGGCAUGGCAAGAAGAGUACCUGGCGCUGUGCCGGUCUUAUGGCUGGAAAGAGAAGCGUGGGGCGAAUCGGCGCCAGUUCGCGGAGCUCCUGGACGACGACGACAGCGACGCCUUCAGCAACGACAUGGAGCUAGCCACGAUGCUGUGCAACUUUCCAGCCAGCCAGCCCCACCAGAUUCCGCGUAACGACUUGGUGAAGGCGUUCUUCGACUGGGUUGACCUCAAUCACAACAGAAGGCUUGGUGGCCGGGAGCUCCUUCGCUUUGCAAAGCACCUGGGCUUCGACGGUGACUCCGCAGAGUGGGACAAGGAGUAUGCCUACAUGGUGAAGCGCUACGGCUGGAGCCAGAAAGGCUGUGACCUCCCUCAGUUCACCCGGCUGCUGGCAGACGAGGCUGGGCUCUGCUACUGCGACGACGCGGCGCUGCAGGUAGAGCUGGCGGAGCUGGAGAUGGUCACCGGCCAGCCCUUCUUCUCGCGCCUGUUGGAUCCGGUGCUGGCCCAAGCCGACGCAGCUCUCCGCACGCGCAGCGCCACCCUCAUCCAGCAGCUCUGGCGAGGGAGGAGCAAGACGAAGGUCCUGAUGCAUCAGCUGGUGCGGCUUCUCCGCGAGAAGAAGGACCGCCAGGCGCGGGAGCAGCAGCUGGGACGCCUGCGCAAGGUGCAGCGCACGUGUGUCGGAUUGUAG